AUGUCGCAAAGUCAGCAGUCUGACUUCGCAUCCUCGCUUUACGAUGGUGAUCUAGACAAUCUGAGCUAUCUUACACCAUCAAACCAACCAGCAACUCCAUCUACUAGCCAACAUACGAUCGAAACCUUCGACCCUGACUUCCUCCGACCGAAUAUCCUACUAAUAGCCCCCUCCUGCUUAAUACGCGUUGGACCCGGGUCACCCGACCGAAGGAAAGCGUUCGUUCUCUACGAUAAAAUGUCCCAUAACGACUGGGUAGACUGGUGGCUACAAACGGAUUUUGGGAGAAAGAGCAAGAUUAAGUGGGACUCGACGCGCCAUUCUGAGAUUUGGAGCCACUACAACCAGGUUGCUCAUAGUAUAGAUGGCGCACCAAAGGUCAUGUGUCAACGUUGUGGAGCUAUUCUUGAGCAUCCUUAUACAGUCAAUCCAAAGGCUGUAGGUAAAGUGCAAUAUCAUGGCACCUCAACAAUGCAGAAACAUUUAAAGACGGCGGGAUGUUUGAAGAGUGAGCAAGGGAAGAGAGCAGAGAUUACAAAAUUUCUAACGAAAGGGGGAGAAGCCGAAAUACCAUUAUCGCAAGAAGCCUGGGAAGAAGAUAUCCUACAAUUCAUUACACUUAACCGACUUCCACUUCAUCUAAUUGAGCAUCCGGCAUUCCAGCGUCUUAUUUCUCGGGCUCGUUGUGCGCCGUCACCUCCGAUCAUUCCCUCUGCUGAUACAAUCCGUCGCCGAUUAGGGAGUAUUGUCAAAGAUCGGCGAGAGCGUAUCCUUCGUACACUACCCGUUGGUGCGAAAAUAUCAAUUGCGCUAGAUUGCUGGACAUCUCCAUUCUCGCAGGCAUUUAUGGCAAUCACUGGCUACUUUGUUGAUAUUGAUUGGGUCUACCGUGAGGUACUACUUGGGUUCAAACCUCUCUAUGGUGCGCAUACAGGUGCGAACCUAAGCAAUGUUCUUCUUGAAACUCUAACAGAUCAUGACCUGGAAGCCCGAGUAUUCGGGUUAACAACGGACAAUGCAUCUAACAAUAAGACAUUGUUUGAUUCUCUUCAACAGGGUCUAUCAGAUGGUGUUAUCAUUGUUCGAAUUCCAUGUCUUGCUCACGUUAUCCAGCUUAGUCUAAAUCAGCUCCUUGAUCGCAUUAAGGCAGUCCCACUUAAUGACUCAGCUGAGACGAAAUGGACAGAGAAGCAAUCAAGAUUAUCUCAUUUAAACGCGCAGCAUCGGAAUCGUGAGAUAUCUUUUACAUUGAACAAGGUCCGCUAUCUUGCGAUAUAUCUGAACGCAAGCCCUCAGCGCCGGGAGACGUUUUACAAUCUCCAGACGACAGCCGUUAAGCUAGUGCCGAUCCAAGAUAUGUUGCUCUAUGAGGAGGAUUGGCGUCAAGUUGACUAUCUUCUUUGUAUCACUGAGCCAUUUUUCGACUAUACAACUCAGCUAUCAAAGACUCGAGAUGUUACUGCGCAUUAUGUGUUCAAGAUUUACAACAAACUCUUUGAGCAUCUCGAACAGUCAAUGAAGCAGCUACGACGUAAGCGUGUGCCAUGGAAAAAGCAGAUGCUUCACGCACUUGAAGCUGGUCGGUUAAAGCUUGAUGAGUACUACUCUCAAACUGACAACAUUCGAGGGCAUAUCUAUGCAAUUAGCACAAUGCUAGCCCCAGUGAAUAAGUUCAAAUUCUUUCUUACAAACGACUGGGAUCAGAAAUGGCGCGACACAUAUCGCAAAUCUUUCCAAGAAGCUCUGAUUCCAUACCAAGAGGAGCUUUCAUCCCUCAAUAAGUCCUCAGAUGGCUCCCAAAUGAUGGCUCGGCUAGGAUCGAAGCUUGAUACGAUGUUAGAUGGAAGCAAUGUACAAGCAAGCACGACUACUGAUGAAAUGACUCAAUAUCUUGAUAGUGAUCCUAUUCAUAUUGCACCUCUUACAUGCUGGCGAGAGAACCAAGCUCGCUUCCCAGCAAUUGCCGCCCUUGCGCGUGAUGUCCUCUCAUUCCCUGCAACAGGUGCAGGCGUUGAGCGGCUCUUUAACACUGCUCGGGAUAUCUGUCAUUACCGCCGAGGGCGGAUGAAGUCUCAUACGAUCGAAGAUUUGUUGAUGUUUCUUUGCACUUCAAGAUUUGAUAUCGAAGAACAAGAGGCGAAGCUUCUUGAGAAGUUCUUCUCCUAUGAUGAGAUGGAAGCGGCAAAGGAAGAGAAGGAUGAGAAGCUUGACGAGAUUGAGAUCGAGCCAAUCAGUGAUGCUGAGGAACAGGAGACUACAAUUGAUGAAGAGAUAGAGCUAGAUGAGGCUUUAUCAGCUACGCUUGAAGAACCGACUAGACGUGAAUCCCAGGUGCCAUUACCAGAGAACAACACCCAAGUGCGCGCAUCAGGACGGAAGCGAAAGAGUCGAGAAGACGAUAUUUUUGAGUACCAUUAG